CUUCCCGGCUCCCGUAGUUAAAAAAAAAACGUUACCCAGCAACGAGCUAAAACAACCAGAACCAUCGGCACCAGUUGGAAGAUACUCCCAACGACGCGGAGGCCUCGCCUUUUUCCUUCCCGUGUCCUAUUCUCCCGGCAUCGCCGACACUCCGGGAAUCUGGGGCGGACCGGGAACCUAGGCAGCGGGUUUUGGGAGAAUCUGGAACGUUGGCGCUCGACGUCCCACCCACGGUUUGACCAGUCUUCCCCCCGGUGCCAUAGGCAGUUCUUCCCAAGGAGAUGUCGAUUCCAUUCUCAAACACCCACUGCCGAAUUCCUCAAGGAUUUGGAAAUCUUCUUGAAGGGCUGACACGGGAGAUUCUGAGGGAGCAACCGGAAAAUAUACCAGCUUUUGCCGCAGCAUACUUUGAGAACCUUCUAGAGAAAAGAGAGAAAACCAACUUUGAUCCAGCAGAAUGGGGGGCUAAGCUAGAUGACCGCUUCUAUAACAACCACGCAUUCAAGGACCAAGAACAAUCUGAGGAAUAUGAACAAGAAAUGGCCAAGGCAUCUGGGAGAGACGAAGCACCAGUUACUGACUUAGAGUCUUCUGAGGAAGAUAAAGAAAAGGAGGAGUGUGCUGCUCUCAAAAUCCAAUCAGUCUUCCGGGGACACAUUGCCAGAGAAGAGGCUGCUCCUUCUCAAGCUUUUUCUGUGUGCUCGUCAACUCCAACCACUGAUCACUGAAGAUCCUCCUGACUCAGUCAUUGGGCUCCUCUUUAAAGCUCACCUGCCCAUGUCAUUCAGUCUACUGACUUCAUAACCAUCCCCGUAUGAUUGUUCGAGACCUUUCUCCCUCCAGCUCCAACUUUGUACAUCCAACUACCUACUUAACAUUCCUAUUUGAAUGUCUCAAGAAGCCCUGUCCAAAACAGCUCCUAAUAUUGCCCACUCCCCAAACUGCAAUUCUCUGUGUUUCCCACCUUGGAAAACAGUGUUUUGUAUGGA